UUGUUUCUUUGCCGGCUUGGGACGUCACCAUGUUUAUCGGGAGUAAAACAGGACAGGUGGAGGAUGAAAAUGGCCGCAGGAGUUAUUUAGAAUGCCUGUCAGCCUCCUGGAGGCCAAAUGAGAGAGGGGCAGUUUCGACUUCUGCCGUGGACACUCCCAGGCGAGUGGACGACGUGACGUGAUGACAUCCACAGGCACUUAAAGGACAAGCACUGAAGCAGGCAGGAUGGCCGCGAGUUGUUGGAAAGGACGACUUGACUCCGUUUUUGACUACAGGACACCAAAAUUCAUAGUGGCCAAAAACAAAAAAGUUGGAAUUUUGUACAGACUCAUCCAGUUAUCUAUCAUCGGUUAUCUGAUAGGGUGGGUUUUUUUACGCAAGAAAGGCUACCAGGAGACAGACGAGGCCAUCCAGAGCUCGGUCAUCACGAAACUGAAGGGCGUCUCAGUGACCAACACCACAGAGUCAGGUGUGUUGGUGUGGGGGCCGGAGGACUACGUCAUCCCACCACAGGGUGAAGACGCUCUAUUUGUUGUAACCAAUUUCUUUGAGACGCCCAAUCAGAAGCUAGGAUACUGUGCUGAGAGCCCCAAAGUGCUGCAGGGCCUCUGUCAGCAAGACAAUGAUUGCCAAGAGGGACGUGAAGUGGUGGCUGGUCAUGGAGUCAAGAGUGGUCGAUGCUUAUCCAGGGGUGAAAACUCCACUGGCACGUGUGAAAUCUUUGGCUGGUGUCCUGUGGAGAGACCGUUUAAACCACAGUCUCUGCUGACAAACGUAGAGAACUUUACUAUCUACAUCAAGAAUUUCAUAGUGUUUCCUAAAUUCACAUUUUCAAAGUCUAACAUUCUGGACACAACGGACCAGUCCUAUUUGAAGAAAUGCAGAUAUGAUGAGAAGCUUCACCCCUACUGCCCCAUCUUUCGCUUGGGAGAUCUCACCUUGAGAGCUGGAUACAACUUCAGUGACAUGGCAACAUUUGGGGGUUCAAUUGGCAUCCAUAUUAAGUGGGACUGUGACCUGGACAAAGGUUACUCCAGCUGUCACCCACAGUACCACUUCACCCGCCAGGACAUCAGCGCGUCCAACAAUGCGAUCGCAGUGGGAUUCAACUUCAGACAUGCUCGCUAUUAUAAAAAUGCAGCAGGGGAGAGUUACCGAUCUCUAUUCAAAGUCUACGGCGUGCGAUUCAACAUCAUGGUGAAUGGGAGGGCUGGAAUGUUCAGCAUUGUGCCCACAGCCAUCAAUGUUGGUUCAGGUUUAGCUUUAAUGGGUGCGGGAGUAUUCCUUUGUGACAUGAUCCUUCUCUACCUCAUGAAGAAUGGCACGGCCUAUCGGCAGAGGAAGUUUGAAGGACAGUUGGCGAGUGAAGAUGUCAACACUACGAAUGUAACAAUACCAAAAUCUCAUGAUACGAUAUUGUCAGGGUAUUAAGGCCACGGUACGAUAUUAUUGUGGUAUUGUCCAAAAUAAAAAGACUGGUAAACAUGUUACAGUGUGUAAAAUGAAGUGACAGGAAUGUUUAGGAUAAAAACACUUACUGAAGCCAAACACAAACAUGAUGCUCAAAUGUUCUAAUCAUAUUUAUUAUUACAAACAUGUAUUUUUAAGUGCAAAGAAUUGCGUGGGACCAUCCACUGUUUUUAAACAAAUAUUUAAAAUAAAACUUACAGUUGAGUGUCUUUAAACUGACAAUGUAAAAACUUGCCCCACUGGCUUCAAAUACAUUUUCCAGGUGAUGGUUUAUCAAGAAGCUUCUCAUAUUACUCGUAUUCCCUGCGGUGCGCCCUGCCCGCGCUUCCACCGGGCGCUUUCCCUCUGUGCGGUGCGCCAUAACCGGCUCUGUGUCGGCUCGGAAGCGCUCGUGACAAAGGUGGCGUGCUUUGCAGUAGCAGACUUUCUUACCUUCGCCACAGAGGGUAUGUUUUCAUCUAGGUUUGUUUGUCUGUUUGUUAGCAACAUAACUCAAAACGUUAUGGGCUGAUAUUGAUAACAUUUUCAGGAAACGUCCGGAAAAAACUAUUCCUCUUAUAUAAUACAAAAAUACACUUCUCCCGCAUGCCUCCUUUUUUUCUCCCAUUUACGGCGUUCCACCAGCGUUUGCCAGUGCCGUGCUGCGCUGAGGGUUUAGGGAGAUGUAGUUUCUUUUCAGACCGGGCCAACGCAAAAGUGCCAGAAAUAAACUACACUCACCAACAGUGUUGGGACUAACGCGUUACUAAGUAACGCGUUACUGUGACGCCGUUAGUUUCGGCGGUAAUUAGUAAUCUAACGCGUUAUUUUUUUAUAUACAGUAACUCAGUUACCGUUACUGCAUGAUGCGUUACUGCUUUAUUUUACGUUAUUUGUAUGUAGUAUCGGCUAGAAACUGAAGAUCUGAGUGUGUUUUAUUGGAGCGCUCCGGUGGAAAAGAAGAGGCGUGCUUUCCCCCACCCACAGAAAGCACGCCUCCCCGCAGGGGAGACGUUCCUCCAGAGCCGUACUUCAGGUCUAACAACCUUCACUUUACCCGGAAGAGGGUCUUUACAGCUGAGGGUGAAUGACGAGCCCGGCGGUUUGUUGCAACUUUGUGACUUUAUUGUACGCAGCCAUCCACCAAGCUAGAGCACCUACACGCACUCACUGUCGCCGCUCCCUCACUUCUCUCGCCCACUCACUCACUGACGUCACUCACCUCUCAUGCUGUCAUAUCUUAAAGGGCCACACACACACACACACACACACACAUACGCUACUCUCAUAACAACUAACAAGACAUCAUGGCGAAGCCAGAAGUCGAGUUUUUUAACAUGGAGACGAUUCUCAAUACUUUUCUUUUGUCGAGCACAAAGAAAAUAACAUUUUAGUUAAAUGUAAGUUGUGUCUUGGAUCAAAGAUCCUAUCUACUUAGAGUUAAAGUGAAAGUGCCAUUAUGUUGCAGCUAUUUAAAAUACAGUAGUUUUGUCAAUUUUUUCUGGCCUGAAAUAAAUUGGCCCUUUGAAACAUAUCUUUGUCUUUGUGUGUUGUAUGUAGACCACAUUGCUUUCUGAGUUCAGUGAUGCAAAUGCAUGUCAAGUUGAUCAACAGAUUGUAUUAUUCUCCAGUGCAAUAACAGUACUGAAAUGAAGGCUAA